GCAAAAACAGUGAACAAAAACGCGAGCCCCUUGCGAUGUCAGAGCCCAGCCUCAAGAAGGUCAAACCUGAACCUACAGCGGUGCUGCAUCCAGGCUUGCUGAACCAGUCGACGGAGACGCGGCGAAGCAUUCGCGACCAGUGCUUGAGCAACGCGCCGUUUCCGCACUAUCAGAUUCCAGUGCUGUGUACCCCCGAGCACAUGCGCAAGGUGCAUGUGGAAUGCGUGGAGGAGCUGCAAAGCACGUUCAAAGAGACCGAUCUGUUCAAACUGUACCAAACCAUCGACUUGGGCAACUUGCAGUUGUCGAAUCCACUGGCCAAGAAGCUGCCAGCCCUCUUGAAGCUUCGCAAUGCAUUGUACACGACCGAGUUCCGGCAAUACAUGUCAGACAUCACGGGAUGUGGCCCGCUUAACGACAAGGUCGACUGCGCCGCCAACGUGUACAUGGCCGGCUGCCACCUCCUUCCCCACGACGACGUGAUUGGCACACGAUGCAUCAGCUACGUGAUCUACCUGAGCGACCCCGACGACGAGUGGACGGCCGCGGACGGCGGCGCCCUGGAGCUGUACCCGUCUGAAUCGUCGGGGGUUCCAGCGCUGGUACCGACGGCAUUUGCCUUGCCCACGUACAACUCGCUCGCGUUGUUUCCCGUGGCCCCGGGAAUUAGCUUUCACUCCGUCCAAGAAGUGUACGCAGACAAGCCACGCUUGUCGAUCCAGGGCUGGUUUCACCAGGAUCAAGCACCUGUGGGCGUAGACGAAGCCACCGCCACACAGUUGACUGCCAUUGAAGCCUCGCAACGACCUUUCGAACCGGUUGAAGUCGAAUCCGACGACCAACUCACCGAGGCAGAACUCGCCACGCUGACGCCGUUUAUCAAUGCUAUUUACCUUACAAAAGAUACGCUGGAGCAAAUUCAAGAUGCAUUUCAGGGAACUGGAAGCAUUCAGUUGCAAUCGUUUCUGACGGCGCAGUGGGCCUCUGCCAUCGACACCGCCACCCGUGCAGCCGACAGUGCUGAUCAACUUGGACACGGAAAAGUGCCUGCCUACACUGCUGGUUACAGCACGGACGAUUCCAACCAUUGGACUCCGCAAGGGCCACUGUUCCUCCAGCGGUACCUUCGCUACACCGGUGCCGCGCUUGCCGCCUCCGAAGUUCUGAAACUUCAGUCCUCGUUGACGGAUGCCAAGGAUGUAAAUACAACCAAAGCAGGAGCGACCCCCUCAUCUCCGUCUUCCCCCGGACGACUCUUGGCGCAUGUGCAAACUGCGCUGGUGCAAUCUCCCGCAUUUGUCAAAUGGCUGUCGUUGGCCACGGGCGUGUCGCCGACGGGUUCGCGGUCGGAAGUCCGACGACUGCGCCCUGGGUUGGACUACACGCUGGCCCACCAAGCUGCCACAUCAUCGCCUCCCAUCAUCUUGGACGCCGUGCUGUGUUUCUGCGAUGACGUUAGCCAGGAAGGGGACGCUGAAGCGCCGUGGAGCGCGUCGGGGUAUGAGUGCUACAUGCGCGCCGUAGCCGACGGUGUGGGGGACGUCGCCGCCGCGGCUUUCAACGGCGGAGACUCAACUGAUGAGGAUGACGAUGCCGCCCCCGUGCAGAUCGGUGCUCAAAACAACACGCUGAGUCUGGUCGUGCGAGACACCAGCACGAUGAAGUUUGUCAAGUUUGUGAGCUGCCGCGAACGUGGCAGUCGAUGGGAUGUGAAUGUCGAGUACACGUUGCCCAACCCGUAAAGUGAUUUGGAGAUCAUAUAGUACUACCGGUAGUACCAUUUUGAAAGCACGAACUGCCUACUACAUUCAACUAACUACUAACGUAACGUGAGUACCUAAUCUACAUCGAGUAGUGG